AUGCCCAUUAUCACGCACCGAAUUGAGAGUUUUCCAGUCUGCAUUGUAGAAGCUUAUUAUGCCGAUUCUUUUGACCACCUUGUUGCGACUGUCAUUUCUGUGACGUGGAUAAGGCUUCAUUAUAGCAUUUCUUAUUGUCUUGUUGCCACCUCAUCGCAAGUGCUAUUUGCUUUACCACUGUCACUUACCCCCUCUUGUUUACUAUGCGGUUCAUCCUUUGCCAAAGGUACACCUUCAUUUUUUAAUCCAGACUUCAUUGGCGCUUCGUCAUUUGCUCUAGAUACAGUUCUCACUAAUAUAUAA